ACAAGGCGAGAUUGAUUGGCUACUUAACCUCCUAAAACACUAUAUAAAAGGCUACUUGCCUGGAAGCCAGAAUAAAUCAUUUAGAGGAAAUCUAUCAGGGAAGGUUUGAGAGAAGCCUAAAAGAUGUCUAUCAGCUGGGACAGCAGUGGUAUCAGUUUCCUUAUGUCCAGCUCCAACCUCACAUUGACCGAGAUCAUGGACUUGGGAUUUGUGGCCACAGCUCAGAGUAGCUCUUCUCCUUGUUCCUCGGGGAUUGAACUGUUGGAUCAAAGAACCCGUCCCAAGCCCGGUGGGUCACCAUUCCUGCUUAAGGUUUCGGAGUCUAGCCCUCUUGUAGGUGGAGAGAAGCAGCGAAUGACUGUUGAGGAAAUCGUGCCCUGCCUCAGCAGGUCUCCAUUCCCACCACCUGACGGUCAGGUGUUUGAACUGUCUGCUUUAGCCCCAGAACCACUAAGUAACUCUAUUGUUGGGGUAUUCUAUGGUGCAAAAGUGUCAACACCCUAUAAGGAAGAGGCCACUGAUGCAAUAUGCGUGGACAUCCAAGUACCUAAACUGCAAGAUUCAGAGAUGGUGGUCCAGGCUGUUGGGGUGCAGAAGCCUUCUGUACCACCAAUAUGGGAGCUCUCUGAGAUCAACUCUGCUUUAGAGGAGAACACUCCAACUCUGGAUGUUUCUGUCUCUGACUUGAGGUUUACAAGUAGCUCUGACCGAGACCAACCUUCAAAUCCACAGGUUCCAGCUUCUCAAUGUACCCAGUGGGUUGGGGUCACUCAUAAGGAUGUGGGGCGCUCCUUUUUACAGCCAUUCCGCUACCAGCGCCAGCUUAGUGCCUCUGAAAUCCCAGUUACCUCAAAUACCCCCUUGCUCCAUUCCUUCCAUCUGUCUGCCGAUGAGGUCGGAGGGGAGUGGCAUCUGGAGGUGACCACCUAAUCCUUGUUUUGACUCUUAAUAUCACUUGCUUGUUCUGCAGACAAACCUUGUAAACUUCCAGAAUAUUUCUGAUUGCCACGUGCUGUUCAAUACAUUACUUCUCAUGACUAUUUUCUUAUCUAUCUGUACAGGACUUUGUAUGUUAUAUAAAUAAAGAAUAAUCUAUUCAAGCA